AUGCACCGAGAUCGCAGGGCGUUACGUACAAAAAGUCUGGGGAAAGCUAUCAGCCCCAGAUUUGAAGAGGAAGAGUCACGAUGUGGACUACCAGCGGGAACGCAGGGACGAUACUCAAUCGACCUUGGAACCUUUACCAAAGAUGCGGCUACCGAAUCGCUCUCCCCGAUCUUGCGGAUUGCCAAUGGCACCUUCUACCGCCGUCACCCCAACGCGCAUUCGACGCAGCCGAACCCGCCGCUCUUCAGCGAACUGAGCUUCGAGCUGCCGUCCUUUGCCGAGACCAAGAACCACUGGUGCGUCGUCGGGCCCUCUCUUUCCGGAAAGACGACGCUUCUGCAGGUUCUGAGGGGUCAGCAUCUUGCGGUUCCGCCGACGGCGCGGACAUAUCCCUAUCUCUCGACAGAUGAGGUGCCGGCGCGGUUGCGGAGCGCGAACCGGGCGAUCCAGUACGUCGGGUUCGAUGGCGAGCAGGGCAGUGCCAUAGGCGGGCCAACAACGAGCGCAUAUCUCGCCGCGCGGUAUGAGUCAAGAAGGGAGAAUACAGACUUCUCGCUAAGGAACUUUUUGCUGGGGAACACGGAGCUGAAUCCGCUAGAGACGUUGCCGGGCGAGGAAAAUCUUAUUUCCAAAGAGCUUUUGGAGAGGGUGGUCACGGACUUGAGGCUGGAACAGCUUCUAGAACUGCCUGUUGCCUUCCUGAGCAACGGCCAGGGAAGGAGGGCGCGCAUCGCGAGAGCGCUCUUGACGACGCCCGAGGUUCUGUUGCUGGAUGAGCCUUUCAUGGGGCUCGACCCACCGACUGUUGCGUCGUUGAGCCCGCUACUUCAGUCGUUGGCUGAGAGGCAGAGUCCCAGGCUUGUUCUGAGCGCGAGGCCUCAGGAUCCCCUACCCGAAUGGAUCACGCACCUGAUCUAUCUGCGGAGUGACUGCCAGGUCGGCUCGAUGGGUCCUAAGGAUAUCGUACUGGAAGGGUUCAGGAAGUAUGUCAGGGGCGUAUGGAAGGGCGGGCUCCAGGAGGAUGAGAAGCUUCCUGUGCACUCACUAGUGGAGAUGGGUAAGACAUUGACCGUGAAGGGCAUUGAAGGCGACGGGCUUUUCGAGUCAAAGGAGAAGGAUCAGCAUGCUGCUGAGUCGACGGCAUCGGCGGAUACAUCGACUUCCGAGGUGCCACUCGGCGAGCCUUUGGUCGAGAUGGACGGUUGCCAAGUGAGAUAUGGAAGCAAAAUCGCACUGGGCAACUGGUCUCAAAAUACACCCUCCGGGCCAAAGGACGGUCUCAUCUGGACGGUCCGAAGAGGAGAGCGAUGGGGAGUGUUUGGUCCGAACGGGUCAGGCAAGACCACUGUCGUGUCUCUCCUCUGUUCCGACCACCCUCAGACAUAUUCUCUACCCAUCAGGCUUUUUGGCAGGAGUAGACUGCCUGAGCCUGGAUCGGGUCGACGGCCCCUUACAUUUUGGGACAUCCAGUCACGGAUUGGACACUCGAGUCCCGAGGUCCACCAACACAUGCCCCGCGGUCUGACGGUACGGCAGGUCCUGGAGAAUGCGUGGGCAGACACGUUCAAGGGGAUCCCCAAGCUCGAUGACGAGGCACGCGGCAAGGUCGAGGCAACACUGCGAUGGUUUGCUCCUGAGCUGAACCCAGGCCACCAAAACUCACCCGCCAGCAGCGUCGACAACCUGUCUUGGUCUAAUGAGCACCUCUUUGGUGGUCUCUCCUUUAGCGCGCAGCGCAUCGCCCUGCUGCUACGGGCCAUCAUCAAGAACCCUGACGUCGUGGUGCUCGACGAGGCAUUCAGUGGCAUGGACGAUUUUGUCCGGGAUAAGUGCAUGCUUUACCUAGCCAAGGGCGAGGAGAAGACGUACAGCGGCGAGCGAAUCGUGGAUAGCGAGGUCGCCAAAGCAGACGAGGUGAGGGUCAAGGGUCUCACGGAUCAGCAGGCGUUGAUCUGCAUCAGUCACAUCAAAGAGGAGGUUCCGGAUUGCGUGCGCGAGUGGAUCUGCCUGCCCGAGGCCAACGAGGGGCUACCGGCACGGUUUGGGCGAUUUGAUGGACCUUUGAGAACGGACGAGAAGCGGUGGAGGGCGCUCUGGGGCGUGUAA